AUGGCGGCGGACGUCGAAAUUUUCUCCGGAAAUGAAAAGAGGAACGGCUGUGGCGAUAAACAAGAGCAUGAGCAAUACGAUCUGUGUAGCAGCUUCCAUGGCUUUUCGAAAGAGUAUAGAGGGCCGACGGUUGGAAAGAGGCUGUGGCCUGGGAUAGAUGGGAGAAUUGCUCUGGGAUUUGUUUCUCUGUAUGGUUUAAUUCUGGUUAGAUGGGUUGAGAGAGGUUAUGAGGUUUUAUUUGGGUCAAGGGAAGUGGUUGAGAAACGAGUGGGUUUUGAAGAAGGUACUACUGUUGGUAUGAGGUUCAUCUGUAUUGGCAUUAUGGCUCGAAGAGGGGGUAAAGAAAAUUUCUGA